AUGGCAAAACGAAAGAGAGACGAUGCUGGUUACAGACAGGAGGCGACCAGGAAAGCUCUCAAAGCAGAUGUCAAUGAAAAUGGCAAUGACAACUCCCAGAAGCAUAACCGUGCGUCAGAGCAACAGAUACGGACACCAAACGCGGUCACUAUCCAGAUUAUCACUGGAUCAUACGAACGGAUCUUGCACGGGAUAACUGCUACCGUUUUCGAACUAUCUACUGACGACGAGCCAUCUCAGUCAGUUCAGUUCGUCGACAACUUCCUGUUCCAAGCUCAUGCCUCUGCCAUCAAAUGUCUAGCCUUGGGCCCCCUACCAGAGCAAAACCACCAGCAAUCGGACGCACCGCAGAAAGUCAUGCUGGCAAGCGGUGGCACCGAUGAACGCGUCAAUCUAUACACUUUAUCGGCAUCCUCGCCUCCAGCGUCGGACAGCACCAAGUUCCCCACAAUCCCGACGUUGGCAGGAAACAAAAUCCUCGAAAACCCCAAGAAUCGGGAGUUAGGCUCCCUACUCCACCAUUCCUCUGCCAUCACAGCUCUAUAUUUCCCUUCGCGCUCGAAGUUGCUUUCAGCCGCUGAGGAUAAUACAAUAGCAGUCACCAGAACUAGGGACUGGUCGGUGGUUUCGACGAUAAAAGUGCCCCGGCCAAAGGUCCAAGGAAGGCCUAGCGGGGACACUGCGCCUCCCGGUGGUGCCCCUGCGGGCGUGAAUGAUUUCGCGGUGCAUCCUAGCAUGAAACUCAUGCUCACAGUGGGGAAAGGGGAAAAGUGCAUGCGUCUGUGGAAUUUAGUUACAGGGAGGAAGGCUGGGGUGUUGAAUUUUGAUAGGAGGAUUCUCGAAUCGGUUUUAGAGGGCAAAUAUAGCAUAUCCCUGGGCGAUUUACUGAUAUCAAAUGGACAGGAUUCUGUCCCCACACAGGUAUUACUCCCAUCACCGCGAACAAAGCUUCACCAGUUGAAAUACAUCGAUGUGGACAUGGUUGGCGGGAAUAAACGUGAAUUACUAGCCGUAUCAACCGAGGAUGGACGGAUUUUGUUUUAUUCUACUAAAUCCAAACCACAAUCCCAGAGCACAGCGGGGUCUAAUAAAGACGAUACCAAAUCCCCUAUCCCAGAAGCGCAACUAAUAGCACAAUUAGGUGGGAAAAACCACGGCCAAUCAAGCCGCAUCAAAGAUUUUGAAGUCCUGCCGGUGAAAGCUCAGGGAUGGAAUAACAAUAAAACAUUCCUAAUAGUCACCGCUGGCAGCGACGGUGCUGUGAAAUUGUGGAUGCUGAAUGAGGCAGAGUUCCCAGCAGCCGUUGGAGAUCGAUUUCCUGGACAGAAAAAGGGCAGGUCGGAUUCAAAGGAGCUGAAAAAUGGAAUCCCAUCUGCCAGUGCCAGUGCCAGUGCCAGUGCCAGUACUGCCGUGGCUCAAGUUGGAAGACUUCUAGGCACAUAUGAAUCUAGCAACCGGAUCACAUGCAUGAAGGCAUUUGUUAUGCUGGCGCCUCCUACGGGUGAGUUGGAUGGCAGUGACUUUUCUGGUAGUAAUGAUGAUGAGGAUGAGGAUGAGGAUAGUAGUGGCUCAGACGAUGAGGAUUAA